CUAACUUUUAUAGUUUGCAAAUCUCAACAGGCUCAACGCUCAACAGGCUCAACAGUAAUGCGAGUCUGUUUCAUAGUAAAAAGUGUAGAUUAAAUAAUCUAUUGUUAAAAUUGCAAUCCUUUAUUGGAUGCAUUUAAUUCUGUUAUUUGAGAUAUGUUAUAAUUAUCGUGAAAUACAGAGAAUCUAUGAAAAUUAAUCUUAAACUAAUAAAAUAGAAUAGUUGAGUUAAUUUUCAUUAAAAAAAAUUAUGGAUCUAUUGGCGAAUAAUAUCGUCUCAAAAUCUGAAUCUAAGAAGAAAAAUCUCAAAACUGAGACAAAAAAAUUUAAAAAAAGCUCUAAUCCUAUUAAAAAAAUGUCUCCAGGAAAAAUUAGUAAAAAUAAGAAAUUAUCUAAAGUAGAUAAAACUAAGAAGAAAAUUCUUAAGGAAAAUUUGAAGAACGUAGAAAAUGUAAGUUCUAAUAAAGUAAAAAAGACUGAAAAUUCAUUAAAAGAAGUAUUAAAAAGUAAAGAACUCAAGGGUAGUAAAAAAAAUAAAGAACAAAUUUUGCCACAAAAAAAAGAAAUUGUCAUCACUAUUAAAGAAGAAAAGAAACGAAAGAGUAAUGAGACGGAAAAAUUACCUAAGAAAGUGAAAAAAAUGAAACAAGAGAAACAAGUUUUGGAAGAUAACAAACACUCGACUGAUGUAAAUCCGGAUUUGCAAUUAUCAACAAAUCAAGUUAAAAAAGGUGUUGCAGCAAUUUUAAAAUUAGCGAAUGCUGAAACUACUGCAGAAAAAUGUCUAAUGGCGGAUGAAAAUUCACCAAUUUUCUUACAAGUGUGUUGUAUAAAAAUUCCAAAAACACCUUCUCGACAAAUGAGAAUGUUACUUCCACAUUCUUUGGUGUCCCCUGAAGAUGACGUCGCUUUAAUUGUGAAAGAUUUGAAGAAAGGUCGCAGAACUGACUAUGAACCGACAGUUGAUCAUUUUCGCCAAUUACUCGAUGAGCAUAAAUGUAAACAGGUUAAAACUAUUAUACCCGUAAAUCAACUUAAAACUGAAUACGAUCAAUUUGAACUGAAGCGAAAUCUGGUGAACAGUCAUGAUUUUUUCCUUGUCGAUGGAAGAGUUUCCGGACACGUCGCACGACUGCUUGGAAAGACUUUUACCAAAAGACGAAAGUUACCAACUUCGAUUAGAAUGGGCAGCAAGGAUUUAAAACAUGAAAUUGAUCACGCACUUAAUAAGACAUCAAUGCACUUAAAUUCAAAUGGUGAUACACAAAUAAUGCAAAUUGGAACUACUUCUAUGCCGAAAACUCAAAUCGUGGAGAAUAUUGAAUUUGCCUGCAAGAUUUUGGCCAAGAAUUAUCCUGGUGGAUGGGCAAAUAUCAGAGCUUUAAGGAUAAAAAGUCAGAAAAGUUUGGCAAUUCCAAUUUACAUGACAAUGAAAAAUAAAAACUUGGUUCAAGUACCUAAUGUUCAACCAAAGAGACCAAAAGCUUAUAAAACUUAUGAAGGCGAACUUACGACUCUUCCUGGAAAUGCUACUGUCAGUGUUACUCCUGAUGGAACAGUCACUGUAACAAGAGGAAUUAAGGAAAAGUCUGAAGAUAACGUGACUUUACCCCCUGGUGUUGGAGUGAAACUAAGAUCCGAAACGAAAACUGAAAGUGCUGAAGAUGACAAUAAUAGUGAGGAAACUGAUGAAGAAGAAGAGGAUUAAAUAUACAAAAA